AUGUGGCACCCCCACUCUCAGUACUAUUUCGUUCCAGAUAUGUCCUGUAGAGAAAUCCCACGAUGUGAAGUCUCGAUGCACUGUACAUCCGAUGAUGCCUGGAUGAUUAUUCGUAACGAUGUCAUUGACGUGACAAAUUUCCUACAAGAACAUCCAGGUGGAAUGGAAAUCCUCCUCGAAUAUGUCGGAUGUGACGCCACUGACGUUUUCGAAGACGUGGGACACUCAAUAGCUGCCCGUAUUCUGGCCGAAAAGUACAAAAUCGGUAGCUUACCCGAACACGAGCAAACCCACACAACUCAGUACAUUUCUGAGGCUAAGAAGCUAUUAUGCCCAAUGCAUGUUACCGCCUAA